AUGACUUAUAUCGCCGGUUCUAAGACGCUUCUAGUCUCCACGAUCUGUGUGCUGUUUCAUCUAGUGCACUCACAGAGUGUUUACCCCGCUGCUCAGUUCAGAGAUCCGGACUACAGGGAAAGGUGGAAUCAUGAUUAUCGCAGAGGCUUCACAAGACGGCGGGGACCGUUCGGUAUUCGUCCGCAAUCAUGGUCUCUGGAGCAGACCACCAUGGACCCGCUCAGCCGGUUCCACUAUCCCGGUAUCAGGGGCAGUCGAAACCGUAGACCUAUAGCAGUUGAGGCGGAUAGUCACAAUGGCGAUUCUCAAGCCGAUUAUGGCGAACACAACUCUACAGAAGCACAGUUCGUCCCGAUUGUUCAGCGGCGCAAACUCAUCCGACCGCGGAAGCCUCCGAUAAUACCUCUGCAAAGGGAAGAACACAUGACGCCGUUCAGAUAUUCAACCAACGACGGCAACUACAGACAGCCAACGCAAGUUCAGCACCGCCAGGCGGAAGGGACGACAACGGACGGCCCUCGAGAGUCGACGUCUGAAGAAACGUCGGAAGCGAAGUCAUACGUUGGUCUUCCGGGCUAUUGGAAACCAAUACGUGUUCCGCCUUACGGCUACAACUACCCCAGAUGGUAUCAUGUGCAACGAACGAAUGGCGCUCCAGAACCCGAUGAGAAAGAGGAAGAGCAGUCGAUCGAGGAACCUCCGACCACCACUGACCCGCCCGUGACGGAGGGCUUGACUAGCUACGAAGAUGUCACCGAAGGUACUACAACAGAACAGGCUCAGAAGCUCCUCGGACUGGGCUAUCGACCUGCUCCUCACCCCUUCCCGCAUCAUUUCCCCACUCACAUUCCGACUCAUGUUACGAAUCAUCCCCCGAACGUUUAUCCGCCGCCGCCGCCACCGCCACCUCCCCCGCAUCUCCCCCGACCUGCCGCGUAUCCGUCUACACCCGCGCACCCGUACCGGGAGCCACCGUCGACAUACCCUCCGAGUUCACCGCCGUCAACGGCGAUGGACUACCACACGUGGCUGCGUAGACAACACGAGCUCAUGGUCCAAUCAGCUGAUGAAGAUGAAGAAGUUUCGACCCCGCCCUCUCCGACGACACCUCUACAACCGGUCGAGACGACGGAGACCGAUUGCGGGCUCCCCGACUCCCUCGAGUCUCCAUGUUUUUUUUCGGUCAUCAAACUCAUGGGUUCGGCGAUCGAGCGCCUCCCAGCAAUUUGGAAAUCUGCGAAGCUGCAAGAAUAUCUCGAUAAUCGCCACAAUCGUUCUCUAGCCACGACGCCCGCGGUCGUGAACACAGCACGGCCAAAUAUAGUUCAACCGACUUCUGCUCCGACUCCGAGGUCAUCCACCGCACCGAUAAGCCCCAGUCCCGAAUCAGAGUCAGCGAACACUCUCUCGACUUCGGAGACAUCGACGUUCUUCACUAAUGUGAAUCCCAGUAGGCAACCGCAACAGUUUGAGAGUUCUCCUUUCAACACCGAAUCCACAUUCAUUGGACCGGUGCGGAAGCGGCCGCCCAUAGUGACUCAGGCCAACCGUGACGAUCGUCGACAACAUCACAGCCAUCACCACCAGCACCACCGUCAAGAACAAGAUCGGAGCGAAGAACAGCAGAGAAGUGCAUCCGAAGUCGAACUCACCAUAAGGACCCACCAGGAGAACUCAGGACAACAGGAUGAACACGAGAGACUCAAGGCCGGCGAGGUCGCCGGCAUGGUGAUAGGCCUCGUUUCACUGAUCGCCACCAUCGUGGGCUGCGUGACUUUCCUGAUUCUCAAGAAACCUCUGGCCACAUGCGAGGACCCCCCAUUCCCGACCCCGGAACCGACGAUCACAUCUGUACAGAGAACUUUUCCCGGAGGCGCCAUGUAUUCGGGGGAAGACGAGCUCGUGGAUCGUGCCGAAGAGUCCCCACCUCCUCCCCCUGGUCCUUACCCGCCGGGUCACAGGAAGAACCUAAUGCAACCUAUCCCGGAGUGGUCAUACUCUCCCGCGAGCUCGAUUCGGUUGUCGUUCGAAGAAGUGAACCAGGCGGUACAGCAGCAAAACCAAGCCCCAUCCCGAGCGUCUAUGAAUGUGGCGGCCGACCAGAGGGAGCGGCCUGGUGGCUUUAUCUGA